GAGCAAAAUAAUCGUCAUCGUGGCUCUCGCUUUCCAGAAAGGGCGUGUGUUUAAGCCGGUUCCCAAAUGAGAGAAGCCAGCCUACUUGAAAAGGAGUUGAAUCUAAAGCCAAAAAGGGGAAAUAAUUGCAAACGCUUGGAAUCUGAAGGACAGAGAAUGCAACUCGCCUGAUUGUAAACACGAAGAAAUAUUAACUUCUCUCUUUCCCACUGCUGUCAGUGAAUAGACUCUGAACUACUACAGAAAUUGUGUGUGUUUUAAGUCAUCUUGCUCAGAACAAGCCCCCUUGGAAAAGACGGGCUGGUGUUUGGGAGGAAUUCGAAAGGAAUUCUAGCCCAGAAAGCGAACCACAGCAUCAUACUGCUGAUUCUACACAAUAUCAUCCUUAAUCAGUGGCAAGAUCACUUGCUGGGAACGACCAUUUUAAUAAGGUGACCUUUGAGAAGACACGUGACUCCAUAAACAUUUGUCAAAGUUUCGGGAAGAUGGCUGCUCAGAGAAAUGGUAUGGACAACAACUUUGAUACGAUAGUCAUUGGAGCAGGAAUCCAGGGAUCUUACACUGCUUAUCAUCUCGCUAGAAAUAACAAGACGCUGUUAAUAGAUCAGUUUAUCCUGCCACAUUCCCGUGGAAGUUCUCAUGGGCAAACUCGGAUUAUCCGGAAAAGCUACUCCAAACCUUAUUACACAGAGAUGAUGACUGAAUGCUUCCAACUCUGGAAGCAACUGGAAGCUGAAGCUAAUGUUGAACUAUUCAGACAAACAGGUUUGUUGGUUCUAGGCAAAGAAGGGAACCCAGAAUUUCGAGCCAUGAAGUCAACAUUGGUCAACAACCAGAUUCCGAUGGAGAGUUUCACAUCUGAACAACUUUCAAGGAGAUUUCCAGCAGUAAACCUUCCAAAAGAAGAAUCUGCUGUUCUUGAUAAAUCAGCUGGGAUCUUGUAUGCUGAUCGAGCGUUGAAGUCUGUCCAGGAUUUGUUCCGGAGGUUUGGAGGUACCAUUUGUGAUGGUGAAAAAGUUGUUGAUAUACAACCUGGAUCGCCAGUUACCGUGACAACCACUGCAGGAAUUUACAGAGCGAAGAGUCUAGUGAUUACAGCUGGGCCUUGGUCGAAUAAACUAUUGAACCUCGUGGGACUGCAACUUCCUCUGAAGACACUGAGGAUCGUGGUUUGUUACUGGAAGGAGAAAGUCCUUGGAACAUAUGGAAUUCAGAAGGGACAUCCUUGCUUUAUAAAAAUUUCUGACUCCAUUGAACAUCAUAUCUAUGGUCUUCCUUCCAAUGAAUAUCCGGGACUUAUGAAGGUCUGCUACCACAGUGGCAGUGAUGCUGACCCAGAUGAACGUGAUAUCGUAUUUCAGCAGCCUUCUCAGGAUGUGAACAUUCUGAGCACCUUUUUGUCUAAAGAGUUUCCUGGCGUGGAUCCAAAGCCUGCGAUUGUUGAAUACUGCAUGUAUACAGUUACCCCGGAUUCGGACUUCAUUCUGGAUUAUCACCCAGAGCACAGCAACAUCAUCAUUGGAGCUGGAUUCUCAGGUCAUGGUUUCAAGCUUGCCCCAGUGGUUGGAAAAAUCCUCUGUGAACUCAGCCUGGGAAAAAGACCAUCCUACAACCUUUCUCCUUUCAAAAUGCAUCGUUUUGGAUUAAAUCUGAAGUCUUUGUUGUAAGGCAGCAGAGCCAGGAUAUGACGAUUUGAACAAUACUUUAUGUUCGAAGAAUAUGACAUCUACAAUUUUUUGAUCAAUGAAAAUAAUAAUGCUUGGGUUGGGGGACAGAAAUUUAAUACAGUUUCUUCCAACACCUUCAUAACACAAAGAACACCCACAGCUUUUUAUCCUAUAAAGAUUGCAUUAAAUUAGAAUUUACCUAUUUUCUGAAAGAAGAUAACUGAGAGCUGGUCAUGUCACUAUUGUUUAUGGGCAUUUUAUUGUUCAGAGGAAAAGGACACAAGAGCUUCACUGCUGAUGAAAACCUUCUUAAGCUAAAGUCUUGAUAAGAAUCAGCUGUAGUCAACAGACUGACUUAAAGGCCAGGGUACUGUGUAUAAAAGAUAAUUAACUGCAGCAGCUGAAAUUGAACUCUACUAAUUCUCUACCAAUUCUUUCAAAUUCUGAAACUUCAGUUUAGCAACAGAUACUUAAGCAGAUUAUCCUUUUCUCUUUAUUUUCCCUGACACUCCUAGUUUUUAUUAUUGUGCUACUCAAUGGGUCAGAGGAUUUUUUUUAAGAAUUAUUAGAAUUCUAAUUCGGAAUUAUUACAUCCUAUAUUAGAAUGUAUUAUUGUGCCAAAAAUCAAGCUAUCUGUAUAUUCCUGUCCCUUUUAAGGUGGUAGGGUCUAAUUGCUUAAAUCAAUUAGAAACUUCUUACUCUUAGGCAGAUAGUUUGGUCAAUUGAAACCUAGAAUUAUACAAAUGUAUGACUCCUUAAGUUAAUUAGAAGCACAUAUUGGUGGAAAAUUAUCCCUAUAGAUUGUAAAAUAAUUAACUUUGUGAAGAAGCAUGAUCUAGAAAUGCAUGUGUAAUGCAUAGAUUUUUCAUUCUAGUUUCAAAUAUAGUUUAGUGGACAAGAAAAGAUUUUUUGUUGGUGUGCAUGAAAGUUUAAAUAGAAUUUCUUUGAUUUAGAUGAAUGGGAAAAUAUGUACUCUGCCCUCAUUCACAAUGAAACUGAAGAACAUCUCCUACACAAAAGCCUCCUCUUCAGUUGCCUCUGAGUUUGAACUAUAAAAUUUGGAAACAAAAAGGAAAUGUGUGUUCUCUGAAGGAGCUUUGGUAUUACAAAGUUAAAUAGUAGGUCCACGAGAAAAGCUUUUUCCAAUCUAGAAGUCUGGCCAGGCUCACUUUUGCUCUGACAAGAAAUUUGAUUUCACAAAGCAUCUCUAUUACUCUCGUUUAGUAAUGUACACUGAAAUUACAUUUCUAUGAGGGAACAAGAACUUUGUAGCUUGGAUAUAACUAUUCUGGAACCAUAUGAAUGCAUUUAUUCAAUAGUUUGUA